UAUUUGGUUUGGUGAUUAUUUGUGUAAAGUUUCAUAUAAUAACAAUUAUUUUUUUUGUUAUCGUAUUAGUUUCUUAACCUUACUGAAUUAAAAAGAAACAUCAAUAUAUUAGAAUUUAAAUAUUUGGCAUGUGCCAUUCGUUAUCUAUCGUAUCAUUCAGAAAAGCUUUCAGUAUUUAGGUUCAUCAAGAUGGGAAUUCGCAUAUAUGGACUACAAGUAUAUAUUAUGCUUUUCAGUAUCGGUGUUGUUGUUAGUCCACCACCGAAUAAAGUACCCCCAGCAUACUCUAAAGAACUGGAGACAGACCUGAGACAAUGGUUGUUUGGCUCCUAUGAGGUGUUGCAGAGACCACAAAAGCGGAAUGACGUCAAGAUAUCUUUGAACCUACUUUCGCUGAAUUAUUUGGAUAUAAAAGAACAGAAACUGUCUAUAACGGCAUAUUUUACCUUUGUCUGGUUUGAUUCGAGAUUGACAUGGUUUAUGAACAGCACAUACAGCAACAUAAAAUUCAUGUUCAGUAACGAGAUUCAAGUCUGGAAGCCUCCGAUCAUUAUUGAAAACUCAGUUGACGAUAUCGAUGUUAUAACAAGGCCCAGUGUGCCUAUGAGAAUCAUUAGUAACGGAAGAAUAAUUUGGUUACCGGCUGGAAUAUUCACAACCCACUGCGAAAGCUCUGUCACCUACUGGCCGUUGGACACUCAGACAUGUGAAAUCAUUCUAAGUUCCUGGUCGUAUACAGCCAAGGAAGUAUUACUGAAAUUUGACGACAGACAAAUUGUGACGUCAUUUUAUCAAGAUAACGGCGAAUGGGAAUUAAUAAGCACAGAAUAUUCUUCCAUCGUGACUAAGCGAGAGUUUGAGAGUUUCAGUCGUCUGAUUUUCUCAUUGACAUUUCGUCGACGACCACUGUUUCACAUGCUAAACACACUCUUUCCAGUUGUCCUGAUGGGUUUUCUUACUGUUGCUAUUUUCAAACUGAGUCCAGAGUCAGGAGAGAGGGUCGGUUUGGCUCUUACUAUUCUACUAGCGUAUGCUGUGUACCUCAGUCUUAUUUCUGAGAGUAUCCCGCAAACGUCAUUAUCUGCAAGCUUGCUUUCUACCUAUUUAGCAUCUAUUCUCUUUCUACAAACGUUGUCAGUACUGCUCACCGUCAUAUAUAUUGAUGUCUACUUCACACCGGAUACAACACCUGUUCCUAAGUGGGUGCAGUCGGUGACAUCAUCAUGUUUGUCAAAGCUUGCAUGUGUCGAUUGCGGCCGGACAACUACAAAAGUUUUUCCGAAAAACAUGGACAUGAACAAGGAAAAGAAAAUUGCUUCCGUGGAAGACUACGAUACAGAAAUAAAUGAGGCAUGGGCUUACGAUGAAGAUGAGGAGGAAUUUGGCAAACAGUAUUCGUGGAAAGAGAUAGCGUUAUUGUUAGACAGAGUUACAAUGUACAUUUACCUGGUCCUUGUAACUGGGUUUACUGUGGCAUCAAUGGGUGUUAUGCUGCACCACUACCACACAGCUUAUUGAUGUCUUAUUUGCUUCACUUUAGUUUUGAUACAUUAGUCUCUUACCAUCGUCAAAUUUGUGUUUAGUCUCGAAUGCAUGUGAUGUCCCGUUGCAUUUUCAUCUUGAGACGGUCUCUUGCUCGCACUAAGCAUGUUCAGAAUUUAUCUGUUUUACGAAUCCAACGAAAACACUUAAGUCGCGUGUCGCGAUCUAUGCUUAUCCACUGUUUCUCUUGAACAUGUCCCCUACCAUGAUUUGAUUGUUUUACAUCGUGUUUAUGUUUGAGCAUGUGUUGUCAAAGCUAUAUAAUAUCUCUGAAAUUUUUCUCUACGGCAGUGUUUGGGGUGCUCUGUGCUUCCGGUAAAUCUAUCUUUACCUUUUAACUUUUGCUGAUAAGUAUUUGAAUAAAACAUCUGCUAAAUAUAAAUAAUGUACACGGAACUGAAUGAGUACCCAACUAAAUGAAUGCAAAACUAAAUGAAUACGAAAUUUAAUGACUACGAAACUGAGUGAAUACGAAACUAAAUUAAGCUUAAGGGUAUGGAUUUGGAUAUGUAGCGGUGGUUCAUAUGUGUAUCAUAUUUCUCUAUACAUUCAAUGCUGUAGAGAUUUGCUUUGGUGGGACUGUUAGGACGUGGUUGUUUCAUUUGUUUUGCGCUAUGAAUAGUUGAUAGGGUUCUUAUUAAACACCAUUUAGUGUUCGGUCUAUACUAUGUAUUAUAAGGGUACCAAAUAUAAAAGCAGAGAGGAAGUUAUUUGGUUUAUUUGGUUGGAUCGUUAAAGAUCAACUUUAUGCAUCGAGGCGUGUCUGUACUUUUAGCUCAUAACAAUACU